AUGCCUCGUGGUCAGAAGAGUAAGCUCCGUGCCCGGGAAAAACGCCGCCAGGCCCUAGAAGAGUCCCAGGAUCUGGUACGUGCUCAGGCCACUGAGGGAGUGGGAGAAGAGUUCUGCUCCUCUUCCUUUCCUUGUUGCAAGGUUAUUUCCCAGAGCUUACAAGCUCCUGUGUCAUGUUGCAAUUCACAGGGUCUUCAGAGAACCACAUCCACCACCACUAAUGCUGCAACCGUUUCAUACACAAGAUCAAAUGAUGGUGCCAGUAAUGAAGAAGGUCCAAGAUCUUCACAGGACCCAACAGCCACUGAGCCCCUCCAUAGAAGCCCUCUAGAUGAGAAGGUGUUUAUACUGGUGUAUUAUCUGCUGUACAAGUAUCAAAUGAAAGAGCCAAUUACCAAGGCAGAUAUGCUGAGAAAUGUAAUCCAGAACUAUAGGAAUCACUUCCAUGAGAUCCUCAAGAGGGCUUCUGACCAUCUGGAGCUGAUCUUUGGCCUUGACACAAGGGAAUUGGAUCCCUACAAGCACAUCUAUGUCCUCAUCAACAAACUGGAACCAAACUGUGAUGGGAGGGUGAGCGAUGGUAGUAGUCUGCCCAAAAGUGGUUUGCUGAUGCUUGUUCUAGGUGUGAUCUUCAUGAAGGACAAUUGUGCCACUGAGGAGCAAAUGUGGGAAGUUCUGAAUAUGAUGGGGAUAUUUGCUGGGAGGAGGCACUACAUCUAUGGGGAGCCUAGAAAGCUCCUCACCCAAGAUUUGGUGAAAGAAAAUUACCUAGAGUACCGGCAGGUGCCCAAUAGCAAUCCUCCACGCUAUGAGUUCUUAUGGGGUCCAAGAGCCCAUGCCGAAACCAGCAAGAUGAGAGUCCUGGAGUUUGUGGCCAAGGUCCAUAAUACGGUCCCCAGUGCUUUUCCAACCUGGUAUGAAGAAGCUUUACAAGAUGAAGAAGAAAGAGCCCGAGCCAGAGCUGCAGCCAGGGCUCGUACUGCUGCCAUGGCCAGUGCACGUUCCAGAGCCAUGGCUGGUGUGCGCUCCAGGGCCACGGCCAGCAGCUCCUCUCACCCCUAG